AUUAUUUCCCAAUAACAAUUUACUAAAUGUAAAUCUCAUCACAUGAAACACAAUUCAUAAAUCAGAAGUUUCUGUGACCAAUAAUUAGUGAUGAAUUAGUCAUGAGGCCAGAUGAGGUUCCAGAAUCAGUACCCUGGACCCUGGCCUGAUAAGCCGAAUUAUUACCAACAUUCACGUCAAUCGUGCUAUUAAUUUGCCCUUCAUUGCAAAAACCGUUCAGCGCAAGGAAAAAGCGCUGUAUAAGUUACGAAGAGCGCGUUUGCAUUUUAUUUGUUUAGAACGCGGUCAAACAUUCUACGCGAGUCACAAUGUUGGCGAUUCCAUGUCCGUCUAUGGAUGCUGAGGAGGCGAAGUAUUUUACUAAAAUGAGCAGCGUAUGGUGGGACACAAAAGGGCCUUAUAGAACACAGUUCUUCUUCGACUCGAUGAUAGUACCGUUUAUUAUAGAACAAAUUGUAAAUAAUCGAAAGUCCCGAGACGAACACUUAUCCGAUGAUCAACCACUGAAUGGAUUGAAGAUUUUGGAAAUAGGAUGUGGAGGUGGAAUUGUAACUGAAAAAAUGUCGAGGAAAGGUGGAGACAUCACUGGAAUAGACGUCAAUCUGGCAAUUAUAAACGUUGCAAAAAAUCACUUGAAACUUGACCCAUCAAUUACCAACGUGGAGUACCGGUUGCAAUCCGUAGAGGAACACUGCCUUGACAAUUUCGAAAAGUACGACGUGAUUAUUUUAAACACUGUCUUGCAACACAUCGUUGAUAAAGAACCAUUUUUACAAUGCUGCAUCAAGUGCUUAAAACCUGGAGGCUCGGCUUUCAUAGGUGGCAUGAGUCAGACUUGGGUGGGUUGGUUUGCCGGUAUCUUUUUGGCUGAGUUACUAGGCAUUUUACCGCGGGGCACUAGUGACUGGAACAAAUUUAUCACUUUAGAGGGAAUCGGAAGAAUGGUGGAGAAGUUUAAAUGCAGAUUUGUGGAUUCCCGUGGAAUGUUCUACAAUGUACUGACUGGCAACUUUUUUUAUCUUAAGAGUACUUCAGUGACCUUUAUAGGACAUUUUCGAAAGGACAUUUAGAUUUUUUACCAAAGAUUUCACCCGUCAUUUUCCUAUAUACCGUGAUCAGUUACAGUCAAAAGUAAUGUACUUAAACAACAUCAAGGUAAAUUGCCACGCAGCUUGUACAUAAUAAAAAAU